CAGAUCUGAAGAGGGAGGCCAGCAUCUGCCACAUGCUGAAGCACCCCCACAUUGUGGAGCUGCUGGAGACGUACAGCUCAGAUGGGAUGCUCUACAUGGUCUUCGAGUUUAUGGAUGGGGCAGACCUCUGUUUUGAGAUUGUGAAGAGGGCAGAUGCUGGCUUUGUCUACAGUGAAGCAGUGGCCAGCCACUACAUGAGGCAGAUCCUCGAGGCGCUACGCUAUUGCCACGACAACAAUGUCAUCCACCGAGAUGUCAAGCCUCACUGUGUGCUGCUGGCGUCCAAAGAGAACUCUGCUCCAGUGAAGUUGGGGGGGUUUGGAGUGGCCAUCCAGCUUGGAGAGUCGGGACUGGUGGCAGGAGGUCGGGUAGGGACCCCACACUUCAUGGCCCCGGAGGUGGUGAAGAGAGAGCCGUACGGUAAACCAGUGGACGUGUGGGGCUGUGGAGUCAUCCUCUUUAUCCUCCUCUCAGGGUGUCUGCCUUUCUACGGCACCAAGGAGCGUCUGUUCGAAGCCAUCUGCAAGGGCAAAUACAAGAUGAAUCCCCGACAGUGGGGCCACAUCUCAGAGAGCGCUAAGGAUCUGGUGAGGCGCAUGCUGAUGCUGGACCCUGCUGAGAGAAUCACCGUCUACGAGGCCCUUAACCACCCCUGGCUCAAGGAGAGGGACCGGUAUGCCUACAAGAUCCACCUGCCAGAGACUGUGGAACAGCUGAGAAAGUUCAACUCUAGGAGGAAGCUCAAGGGAGCUGUUCUGGCUGCAGUCUCCAGUCACAAGUUCAAUUCCUUCUAUGGUGACCCCCCUGAGGAACUUCAUGACUUCUCCGAUGACCCUACCUCCUCAGGACUGUUAGCAGCAGAACGGGCUGUGUCUCAGGUGUUGGACAGUUUAGAGGAGAUCCACGCUUUGACAGACUGCAGUGAAAAGGAUCUAGAUUUCCUCCACAGUGUUUUCCAGGACCAGCAUCUACACACACUGCUCGACCUCUACGAUAAGAUCAACACCAAGUCUUCUCCACAGAUCAGGAACCCCCCCAGUGAUGCCGUUCAGAGGGCCAAGGAGUGUGAAGGGGCACAACAGCAGGAUGCAGACUGGAGCGGGUGCUUAACAAGGACUGUGAAAGAAGAGGGAGUGUGUGAAGGGAAACUUGGAUCAGUGGUGUGCAUUAGUUCCUCCCAAGAUGAAGCAAGUGGCGCUUUGAAACAUCUGGAAUAUGUUCUGGAAGAAAUCUCCUGCUACCCAGAGAACCACGAAGCUAAAGAACUCAGACGGAUACUGACCCAGCCGCAUUUCAUGGCCUUGUUGCAAGCCCACGACGUGGUGGCCCACGAGGUUUACAGUGACGAGGCUCUGAGGGUGACCCCCCCGCCCACCUCGCCUUACCUGAACGGAGACUCCCCAGAGAGCACCAACGGAGACAUGGACCUGGAGAACGUCACCAGAGUCCGCCUGGUUCAGUUCCAGAAGAACACGGACGAACCAAUGGGUAUCACGCUGAAGAUGAAUGACUCAAACCACUGCAUCGUUGCAAGGAUAAUGCACGGGGGAAUGAUCCACAGACAAGGAACGUUGCAUGUAGGAGAUGAGAUCAGGGAGAUCAACAGCAUCAGUGUGGCCAACCAGACUGUGGAGCAGCUGCAGAAGAUGCUGGUAAACACCAACACACCACCAAUUUCCCAGCCGUCCCAGAGUUAGCUCACUACUCUAACCUCUGUGCUUCUCAUGCAGAUCUACGUGAGGGCUCAGUUUGAAUACGACCCCUCCAAAGACGAACUCAUCCCCUGCAAGGAGGCCGGGAUCCGCUUCCGGGUGGGUGACAUCAUCCAGAUCAUCUCCAAGGAUGACCACAACUGGUGGCAGGGCAAGCUGGAGAACACAAAAAAUGGCACGGCAGGCCUCAUCCCGUCGCCGGAGCUGCAGGAGUGGCGAGUAGCAUGUAUAGCCAUGGAGAAGACCAAGCAGGAGCAGCAAGCCAGCUGUACCUGGUUUGGCAAGAAGAAGAAGCAGUACAAAGACAAGUAUUUGGCAAAGCACAACGCAGUGUUCGACCAACUAGAUCUUGUCACAUAUGAAGAGGUUGUGAAGCUUCCUGCCUUCAAGAGGAAAACACUAGUUUUGUUAGGUGCCCAUGGAGUGGGCCGAAGACACAUCAAGAACACACUCAUAACCAAACACCCGGACAGAUUCGCCUACCCCAUCCCACACACAACCAGACCUCCAAAGAAGGAUGAGGAGAACGGGAAGAACUACUACUUUGUCUCCCAUGACCAGAUGAUGCAGGACAUCAGCAACAACGAGUACCUUGAGUACGGCAGCCACGAGGACGCCAUGUACGGUACGCGGCUGGAGACCAUCCGCAAGAUCCACCAACAGGGACUCAUAGCUAUACUGGAUGUCGAACCUCAGGCCCUGAAGGUCCUGCGGACAGCAGAGUUUGCCCCAUAUGUCGUUUUUAUCGCUGCACCAACUAUUACUCCAGGCAUAAAUGAGGACGAGUCUCUCCAGCGGCUGCAGAAGGAGUCCGAGAUCCUGCAGAAGACCUACGCCCACUACUUCGACCAGACCAUUAUCAACAACGAGAUCGAUGAGACCAUCAGGCACCUGGAGGAGGCCAUCGACCUGGUGUGCACCACCAGCCAGUGGGUUCCUGUGUCCUGGGUCUACUGACCUGCAGUCCCCGACCACCUCCACUUCCUCCUCCCCUCCCAGCAACGACACCUCAGCCAAACUCCAUCAUUCUCUCUUCAAAAUAAGAAUAAAUAAAAAAACUAUUGAAACAAGGCAAUGGGAAACCUCUCUCUACACUGCACUUGAUCGAUAACCCCCCUCAGCGAACUUAACUGAAAGCGAGCGCAGGAUUCUUUCCUCUUGAACGCUGCACAAAAUGAUUGGACUCUUGCCCUGACAGAUGACCUAGUCAUAGUGUUGUAUAAAAACAGAGUAAACAAAAGUGAAUAUUGUCAUGUCUGUACUAGCUAGGAGGCAACAUUUUUGUAGAUGUUUGUUUUAAAGAGACAGUACUGCAUCCCGUCCUGCCAUAUCAAUGCACUGCUGGUCUUCACCACAACCUUCCCAUCACAUAGACCUGUUGGGUGUCGUAGUACUGAACCAUCUGUAGACAGACGCUGUCAGUGGGUAAUCUGUCGAUCAGCAGACUGAAGGAAAAGCACACAAACACACUGCAGUGUCUAUAGAUCACAUCACCGCUCCUCAUUCUGUGUUCAUUUCUGUUUUUUUCUAAGCUGUAAUGCUGCGUUCACAUCCUAUUGUUACCCUUCGGUACAGUUACAGUAUCACCACGCACACACAUGCACCUUUUCACUCACCAGGUACUGUCUCUUCUAAAUAAAUCCAUAAAUGUUUUAGAGAUUUGAAUGAGGUUAUCAUGCAUGUGGACAUUUGCAAGUGUCCAUGCUGUUCCCAGUGUCCCUCCAUAAACCUUCAAGAAAAAAAAGAAGACACAAACAUAUAUAUUAAAAAACAUUCCAUCUGUUUGGAAGACUGCACUCAGCCAAGGGAAGCAAGAGGGGGCAAGAAAAAAAAAAAACUAACCACGACAGUGCCGGACUUGACACCUAUGCACAUCCCUUGCAUAUUGGGUGACAUUUCUAAACCACAGAUUUCUAAAAAAAGAAAAAAAAGAAGAAAAAAAAGAUUGACCAUGUAGUGAGAUGUGUUUGUAAAAAAAAAAAUCGAAUAAAAGUCUCGAUUUUUCCUCUUAUUGAUUUGUCAUUCGCAAAAAAAGAAACAAUUUCACCAUCUUCCUCAUUUGCCAUUUCAGAAAUGUGAUGUCCAAGAGUAUUAGUGUUUCAAUCAAGUUUAAAAAUCCACAAGAGAUGAAAUGCUGAUUUUUAUUCUGAAACUGUAACUGUCUGCGAAGGAAGUGUACACUAUAAAUUCUGCAAAGGCCACUACUUUGCAAGUGAAGAGGAGGCAGGGUGUGCAUCUAUAUAACCAUGUAUAUGAAUAUGACAUACAACUGCCCCUUGUGUAAAUUACUCUGCAAUGAUAAAGGUUCUUCAGUAUGAACAAUUUUUAAAAUAUAUUUCCUUUUAUGUGUUGGAAAAGUGAACCUU